CCUCCUUCCAAUUUUGUUCUCUAGUCCAGGAAGUUGCCAUUACUCACCCAUUCGAAGGAGUCGCAAGUUGGAGAGAAGAAAAAACCCGAAGUUAGGAGGCAACAGCAGUCCGCUUUUUCCYUACUGAAUGUAACUUGUGUCUUCGUUGAGUUCUGCAAUAUCAGCCGUUAUACUUAGCUGGUAAAUUAUACAUUUAAUUUCGUUAUGGCUGAUACAGAGGCCAGUGUCGCUGCGGGCUGCCUGGAGAAACUGAAGGGCUACGUGAGGACCCGAAAAGGAACUAUUCUUGCUGCAGAAAUACUCAUCAGUUUUAUCAUCCUAAUCUGCUAUGCUGCGUCAUUGUAUGGAGGUUAUUCUGCAGUGGCCAUCUGUGAGAUGGUGUUCGCCAUCAUCUUCUUUGUCGUCUUCAUGAUGGAAAUGGACAAGUCCAUUCAGGUGGUCAACUGGGUCUGGAGUGAUCUUAUCCGUGCUGCUAUUGGUGCAGCCCUGUACCUUAUCACCUCUCUGAUCUGUGUGAUUGGUGGAGCCGGGGACGGCGCCCGUAUUGCAGGAGGGGUGUUUGGCCUGCUGGCUGGGAUCCUGUUUGCCUAUGAUGCCUACACCAUCUUUCUGGUCAUCAAGAGCACCAGGCAGCACACAGCAGCGCCCACUGACGACAGAGUUUAAGCACUCAAAGCUAUACCCCCAAAAAAAGAAAAAGGAAGUUUGUGCAGGAGUCGACAA